AUGGCCUACGCAAACGCAUGGUUGGCCGACGUCCACGCUGCCGGCGGCGAUUUGGAGCCGCCGCCCAACCCCGAAAUCCCUGCCGCGUACCUGCAGAAGCCUCGAAGGCGCCCCGCACCCGAGGCCUACCUCUCCUCUCCGCCUCCCUCCACAUAUACAUCCUUCGCACAGCCGAAACGACGACGCGCUGCGCUCUCCGAGAUCGAUCCGCCGAAUCAAAAGCGACAGCGAGCACUCAACGCACCAACGCACGCAAUGUCACAGGACUCGCCGUCGCCAACGAGGAAGUCGAGCAAGCAGACUAAGAUGGUGGGUAAGGCGCGGAUUAUAACGAAGGAGGCGGUGGCAGUGGAGGAUGUCAUAGCGGCGGUGGAACCUAUUUUGCUCUCAACGCAGCAUGUCGUGGACCCUAAUGCGACGCCACGCCCGACUCGUCGGAAGCGCGCAGCUGCUCCAGCGCUGCCAAUCCCAGACCUGCACACAAGGCCAGCACCGGUCAUGACGCCCAGCGUGUCCGAGGAGCACGCAGAUGAGGACGGUGAGGAUGCCGAGGACGCCGAGGUUGAGUCGACCCACGAAUCAACAACCUCGAACCGGUCGCGCAGCCCAAUCUGCCGCAUGGUCGCUCUUCAAAUCGCCAAGAAGCCUGUGGUCCCUAAGAUGGCGACAUUAAGCACAGACGCCCCGCAGGACGUGAGAACAUUGUACAAGGCGAUUCAAGCGCUGUCUCGGCGGUCGAAGGGCGUUAUUCCGCUAGGCAUCGAGACUGAGGUGAAACAGGACGCCAAUGGUGACCUUGACGAACUGGAGGACUACGUGGCAAAGACACCGAAUGGCAAGACCCACGAACAAUUAAAGGACGAAUUCAAAGCCAUGCGGGAGAUUCGGAACGAGACUUCGGCGUGCAAAACGAAGCACCUCCACGAACCGAGCUGGAACGAACUUGUGCACAGCCAGAUGCUGAAGCAAGCCGUGCUUGGUUGCCCUGGCUUCUCGUACUACAACAUCACCACUGCGCGGGUCAUUAAGGAGCUUGUGCCGGGCAACGAAUACGGCGAGCUUUUGAAGGGCAAGAUGAUCGACUUUGCCGUUACCCUUGGUCCUCCUCUAAUCCCUACGGCCCACGUCAUCAACCGCCUUGCUGCUUCUCCCCGCAAACUUCAGCGCACCAGCAACCCCUCCGAGUACUCCCCGCUCUGCUACGAACCCGUUGUUCUCAGCAUCGAGACAAAUUCCCCUGACGGCGGCAGUGAGAACGGCGAGGUGCAGCUCUCCGUCUGGGCAAUGGCCUACUUCAACCGCCUGCGCCAGCUUAUCCAGGAUCCCGUGGCUAUGACGCUCCCUCUGCUCUUGAUUACCGACGCCCGCUGGAAGUUGUACCUUGCCAGCGACUCAGCGCAUGAGAUUCAACUCAUUGAUGCUGUGGAUAUCGGCACUACGGCCGAUAUUAUUGGGUGUUAUACUAUCUUGGAGGUGCUGAGGGUUCUAUUUAAGUGGGUGGAGGAGACAUUUGCACCGUGGUUCUUAGAUGGAGUGAAGCCUGAAUGA